ACAUUCCAGAUGCUUCCAGGUUGUGUGAAUCGAGCCGCCUAUUCGGCCGCCAGGGCUGUGUGUCGUCAAGAGAUUCUCACCAAGGGCAUCUGCGAAAUCCCUGGAUUUCUGCAACCCGAAGCCGUCCGAAAGAUCUUGUGUUCAGCGGAGCAGCUGAAAAAACGACCUGGUUGCGGAUUCAGAUCCUUCGAAGAACACAAUGUGUAUCUGGAGGAGAAAGCGGAUGUAAGUCGAAUCCGCUCUGCAUCCUUUAGCAGUUCAAAGGUCUUGAUCAAUCAAGCAGAAUUGGCUGAAGGUUGUCCGGAACUCGUUGAGCUGUUCCACUGGGAUGGUUUGAGACAGCUGCUUCAAGAGGCCUUUGGCUUGGAGAAGUUGUUUUGCUCUGCAGAUCCAUUGGGCGGAGUUUACUUGAACUUUUUCGAGAAGGGGGAUCAGCUAGGGUGGCACUUUGAUCGCUCAGAGUACUCAGUGAAUUUGAUCCUGAGAGAAUGCAAGCGUGACGGAAAUUCAAAGCCAGGUGCCUUCAUGUACAUUCCCGACUCACGGACAUUUCUGGAUGCACAUCCCGACUUCGAUCUAUCCAUCUUGGAUGGACCGACAGAUGCGGCGGGCUUGAAGCCAAUGAUCGUUCCGGACUUGAAACCUGGGACCCUGUACCUGUUUGCCGGAAAGCGGAGUUUGCAUUGUGUUUCCCAGAACACCACCGAAGUUUGUCGGGUGAACGCUAUCUUCACCUUCAAUCUUGAGCCAAAUGUGAGCCUGAACGAGUACACGCGCCGAAAGUUCUUCGGCGCUUGACUGGGUGGAGUGGAUCGAGUAGAUCCAAAACCAACACAUGCCGUGCUUCAUCGGAAAGUUUGAAGGAUGGUGGCCUGACUACAUCAAAGUAGUAGCCACUUCCACAACCUGCAGAUGUUGAUGCCAACUUGGAAGCUCGACUCUAGGACGACUUCCGGUGGAUGCUAUCCUGAAAAAACGGGUGAAUCAUGGGCAAGCACGUGAAAGCUUGUUGGUCCAUUUCGCGUAAUU